AUGGCUCUUCCAAAACGGUUCCGCAUUGGUGUCGAUGUGGGAGGCACCAACACGGAUGGAGUGAUCCUGGACCCAACACGGGCAGACGAGGAGGGCAAAGGGAUUCUGGCGUGGCACAAGGCGCCGACGACGACGAAUCCGAGCGAGGGAAUCAGCGCAGCGAUCACGGCCAUGUUUGAGAGGUCCUCAGUGGCGCCGGAAGAGGUGGCGAGCGUGACGAUCGGGACGACGCAUUUUGUGAACGCGGUGGUGGAGCGAGACGCGAGCCGGCUGUCAGCGGUAGCAGUGCUGCGACUCUGUGGGCCGUACUCAAAACACUCACCGCCGUGCAUCGACUGGCCGGACGACAUGCGGGCAUUGAUCCUGAAGCAUUACGCCCUGCUGCCAGGUGGCCUAGAGGUGGAUGGAUCGCUGAUCGGUGACAUUGACGAGGCUGCGAUCCGGGCAGAAUGUGCGGUGAUUCGGGCCAAGAGCAUCCGCAGCGUGGUGGUUUGCGGCAUCUUCAGCCCGAUCGACACGAUGGAGCGACAGGAAGAGCGAGCAGCAGCGAUUAUCGAGGCCGAGCUGCCGGGCUGCGAUGUGGUGCUGUCGAAGGAGGUGGCCAACCUGGGCUUUGUGGAGCGCGAAAACGCGGCGAUUCUCAAUGCGGCAAUCCUGGCGUUUGCGCGGCGCACGAUCCGGUCAUUCCACGAGCCAGUGCAGCGGCUGGGCCUUCGCUGUCCUGUCUUCAUCACGCAAAACGACGGGACGAUCCUGUCGGGAGCCAUGGCGGCACGGCUGCCCAUCCGCACAUUCUCGAGCGGACCGACGAACAGCAUGCGCGGGGCAGCCUUUCUCGUCGGCAGCAGCGGUCUGGACGAGGCCCUGAUGGUGGUCGACAUCGGUGGCACCACCACGGAUGUCGGUCUUCUGAUGCCGACCGGCUUUCCGCGCCAGCAAGCAGCCUAUAGCGAGCUUGCCGGUGUGCGGAUGAACUUUUCGUGCCCGGACAUCAAGAGCAUCGGGCUUGGGGGCGGGUCGAUUGUGCGGAGGGUGGAGGGUAGUGGUGGUGGUGGUAUAACCGUUGGUCCCGACAGCGUUGGAUACAAGCUGACCGAGGAGGCCAUUGUGUUUGGCGGCAGCGUGCUGACGACGACGGACUGCACGGUGAUGGCUGACCCGAGUCACGUGACCAUCGGGGAGCCGGAGCGGGUCUUGGGUCAGCUGACCGCAGCCGAGCUGGCAGCCUGCCAGGCGAUCGUCCGGCAGAAGAUAGAAAAGGUCAUUGACACGAUGAAGACGUCGCCCGAGGAUGUGCCGGUGCUGCUGGUGGGUGGUGGAGCGGUGAUCGCGCCAGACGAGCUGCAGGGCGCGAGCCGCGUGCUGAAGCCGAAGUGGUCGUCGGUGGCCAACGCAAUCGGCGCGGCCAUUGCUCGGGUCAGCGCAGUCGUCGACACGGUCAAGUCGACCGAAGGCGUGACUACAGCGGCUCUGCUUGAAGAAAUUGCAGCCCAGGCAGUGUCACGGGCAAUUGAGGCGGGCGCGGCCGCCGACACAGUCAAGAUUGUCGAGAUGGAGACGUUGCCGCUGCAGUACAUUGCAAACAAGUCGCGGUUUAUCGUGCGAGCAGCAGGUGACUUUGACUACUCGCGGGCAGAGGUGGAGGUGAUGGAAGCGGACGGCGAGGAUGAAUCGAACGGGCUGAACGAGAUGGACCAGUACGAGAAGACGGCAGACAAGACAGCCAAGUCCGACAAGGCUGCAGCGGCUCCCGACUUCAACAUUGACACAUACAGGCCGACAGUGCAUCGGCGACAGUGGCUGGUCAACGAGAUAGACCUUGGCUGGAUCAGCACGGGCUGCUACAUUCUCGGAACGGGCGGCGGUGGCUCGCCGUAUCCGCAUAUGAUCCGGCUGCGCGAGAUGCUGCGACAAGGGGCUGUGGUGCGGGUGGUCAGCCCAGACGACUUGGCGGACGAUGCGCAGGUCGGCACGGGUGGCGGCAUGGGCUCGCCCACGGUCGGGGUUGAGAAGCUGCCAGGCGAUGAGAUGCAGGAGGCGCAGUACGAGCUGUUCAAGAUCUGCGACCGGCCGGCCACCCACAUGAUUGCGCUCGAGAUCGGCGGUGGCAACGGGUUGCAGGGCAUGAUACUCGGUGCGAGCAGCAUGAUGGACAUGCCGGUUGUCGACGGCGACUGGAUGGGUCGAGCCUAUCCGACCAAGUGGCAGACGACACCGGUCGUCUUCAACGAGCGGUCGCCCGUCUGGUGUCCCAUCGCCAUGAGUGACGGCAAGGGCAACGUGCUGCUGAUGCCCCGGGCCACGUCCGAUCUGCAGGUCGAGCAGGCAUUCCGUGCUGCCCUCAGCCAGAUGGGCUCGCACACCGGCUGUGCCGAGGCCCCGCUGUCGGGCGCCGAGACCAAGCGAUGGGUCGUCGAACACACCGUGUCGCAGGCCUGGCGCAUCGGCCGUGCCGUUGCGAGAGCACGCCGCAUGAACCGCAUCGACUCCGUGGCCGAGACCAUCAUCGACGCAUGCGGUGGCCCGGCGGCGGCUCGCGUCAUCUGGAAGGGCAAGAUCGUCGGCGUCGAACGUACCCUGCGGAUGGGACAUGUGUACGGCGAGUGCAUCAUCGAAGGCGCGGACGUGGCUGCGGACGGCUAUGAGGCUGCUUCACUCGACCAUGGCGCCGAUCAGCCGGCCCCCUUUGUUGGCCGCGUCAAGAUCCCGUUCAAGAACGAGAACAUUGGCGUGAUCCGGAUCUCCAAAGGUGCCGACGUCGCCACCAAAGAAUGCCAGCAGGAUGUGCUGGCGCUCGUGCCCGAUCUCAUCUCCGUCAUCGACGCCCAGAACGGCGAGGCUAUCGGCACUCCCGAGUAUCGCUACGGCCUGCUCGUCAUCGUGCUCGGCAUCGCCGCCAGCGACCGCUGGACUGGCUCUGAACGCGGCAUCCAGAUCGGCGGACCCGAUGCCUUUGGCUUCAACUACCUCAAAUACGAUCCGCUCGGCACGUACAUCAAGCCAAAAAGUGUCAUUGACGAGUAUGACUGCUAA